ACGAAAUAAAAAAAAUAAACCAACACUGCUCUCUCGGUCUCUCCUCCCUACAGCCUCGGUCUCUCCUCCCUGCACAUGUGAACCAUCUCCUUGCAGUUGACCAGCGAAACCACACUCACCGGCGAAGCCACCGGCUCUCUCCUCCUUCUCAGGUGACCGGCGAAACCACACUCACACACUCGCACCCUGUCUCCUCCUUCUCAGGCGACAAAAGCGAUUUCGAUCGUCUUCUCUUCUUUAAGCACGCUCGCAAGUCCGUUGUAGCCGCCUAUACCAAAACCCCUCUCGAUGCUGAGAAUUUGACUAGAUGGGGAGGAGCCUUGAUUGAGUUAUCUCAAUUUCAAGCUCCCGAGGAUUCAAAGAAGAUGCUUACAGGUCCAUCCAUUGAUGGUGAUUCACAAGUAGUCGCACGACUUCACGGUGCGGUUUCUGCCCACAUGUGGCCUGGGAUGGUUUUGAAAUCUGGAAACAGAAUUCUUGCACCAACUCUACCCGAUAGACAAGAGUCAUCAGAUGAAGAAUCUGAUUAUGAAGCCGAGUAUGAAGUUCUUUCUGGGGGUUCAGCUGAACUAUGGGAUGAUAUAGAGGAUAACUGGGUGUCUUCCAUUCCUCCUAAUGCAUCUUCUGACCGAAAAUCUAUUUCUGAUGCUGAAAAGGCAGAGCCAUCAGCUUCAAAGUCUUCUAAAUGUAGAGAAAAGGAUAAGGAUGUGGAAUUUAAAGAGGUUGAGGAUUACAUUAGUGAUGAUAUUGAUAAGGGUGCACAUCUGGAGCUUGAGGAUUUGGAGCAUUUAAUGUCAGAUAUGCAAAUAUGCGCAGCAAUUCAAGGUCGAUGCCUGAUUUUCAGAGGCAGGAGAUGGCUGCCAAGUUGGCAAUGCAAAUGGCUGCUAUGUUUGGGGAUUGCAGCGGUGAUGAAGGAGUUGAGUAAUUAAAGGUCGACAUUUGGUUGAAAGUACAAAUUUGUCAUCAUCUGAGUGAAAGGAGAUGUAGAGUCAAAGCUUUCUCCAUUUAAGCACAUAUUUGAUCUAAGAUCCAAGGUUUAUGUUAUGUCGUGUUUUUCUCGGGUAGAUGAGUAAGCUCCGGAGAUGAUUCUUUCAUGAAUUCUAGGGGUUGAUUGAGGAUCUCGGAUUAAACUCUGACGCAGCUGAAAUUGAAUUCAUCGAUCAGCAGCAAUUGAGGUAUGGCUACAUCUCAACGUUCUCGUUUUCUCUGUUUCAAACUUCUAAAAUUUUAUCUAUUUAAGUUAAAUUUACCUAUUUUAUUAGGAAAUCGAUCAGGAAGUGAAUUGUUUCGAUCUUUAAGAGUCCUAGAGAUGCUAUUGAAGGUCUUUUUUUCGAGUCUCUAUGACUCCCCCAUCGUCAGCAAUGAAUAUUGAAUGAAGAGCAUGAGCUGCUGUAAGGCUCGUGUAGUGGUGCAAUGUUGCGGUUGCUAGGUCGCUGCUCGUGUGCUAGGUAGCUGCUGUUCUGCCCUUUGCUAUGUUGCGUGCAAGGCCUGCCCAUGGGGCUGUGUUGUUCCAGAAUCGAUGUUGGCUUUGCUUCGGCACCCCGAUUAUUGCAUAUCAGCCUAUUCAUCUGUUUUCACAACUCCAAGGGAGGGGCUCUUUACCAAAGAGGAGUUGGAUGAAGUUCGAGACAAGUGGGCUACUUACUUCAACGAUUGUGAACUACCCUCAGUGUAAUAAAUAGAGCAGGCUUGUAGUUAUCCGUGACUCUUACAUUAUUUUGUUAUUUAUCGAUUUCAUUAAUUACAUUUGAAUUAAUUCGGUAAUAUUAUUGGAAAUUUGAAAUUUAUAUCAUUUUUGAGGAAUGUCAAGCUGAUGUUUGGUGAAA